GUAACCCUUGUGCAUCCGCAUGCUAUUUUAGGUAAUACGAUCCGUCGAUCUAAUACCUCGGCUCCUCAAUAGCAAGGGAGGACCAACAAUGCGGAGAUAAUGCUCUCCAAACCACCAGCUCAAAGACCUCGGAGCAUGGCUAGCUACGAAGUUGAUACAACGUCAACUUCACCAGGGUAGGGGAUGAAGGAUAUGCAAAUAUUGUCGCACUUAUCAAUGUCCACUCCUUUCGCUGCUAGCUAGAUCAUCAGUACGGGAUAGCUCGGAAUAGCUACCGACCACCACCAACCAACCAACCAUGUCCGACGCAACCCGAAGAGUUCAAGCUCUGGGAAACCAGAUUUCCCCGCCGACUUCCUCCUCCUCCUCCUCCUCGUCUUCCUCGUCUUCCUCAGAACUCCCCCCGAUACAGAAGAUCGCUGGCAAGUCGGCGGGCCCGCGCGUCGAAGGCAAAGUCGUCAUCGUGACGGGGGCCAACUCGCCGCUGGGCAUCGGGCGGGCGAGCGCGCACCAGUUCGCGGAGAAUGGCGCGCGGGCGGUGUACCUCUGCGACUUCGACGGCGCGCACCUGGCCGCGCACAAGCGGGAGAUGGAGGCGCGGUACCCGGGGGUAGACGUGCACGCGCGCCGGUUCGACGCCGCGGACGAGAAGGCCGUGAAGGACGUCGUGGACCACGCGAUUGAUACGUAUGGUAGGCUUGACGUGUUCUUCGCGAACGCGGGGAUUAUUGGGACGCAUGCGCUGUUCACGGAUGUGGAGAGGGAGGAUUUUACGAAGGUUAUGGAUACGAAUGUUACUAGCGUCUUCCUAGCAGCCAAACACGCCGCGCCAGCCAUGCGCCGAACCUCGCCCUCCAAGCCCGCGCCCUCGGGCAGCAUAAUCGCCACCGCAUCCGUAGCCGGGCUACGCUCCAACGCCGGCUCAACACCAUACUCAGCCUCCAAAGCGGCCGUCGUGUCGCUCGCGCAGACGAUCGCGUACCAGCUGUCCGGGACCAACAUCCGCGCCAACGCGAUCUGCCCGGGCCUCAUUGAGACGGGGAUGACGGCGCCCACGUUCGAGGCGGCGCGGGCCCGCGGCACGAGCAAGAAGAUCGGGCAGCUGAACCCGCUGAAGAGGGGCGCGGUCGCGGACGAGGUCGCGCGCGUGGCGCUUUUCCUGGGCAGCGAUGAGGCGAGCUAUGUUAAUGGGCAGGCGUGGGCUGUGGAUGGGGGGUUGAGUGCGGGGCAUCCUUAUGUGUUGGGGAAGAUGGCUUAGGGGGCUGGUGUUGGGGGAUUAAAAUAUUGAAAUGUUGGAGCGUAUGGCAAGAAGUUGUAUUCGUAUUUCCUACGUGCCUACAC